AGCAGCAGUCGGACCCGCCAUUUUUCCAAUAUACGUCAGUUAGUGAAGAAAAUGCUAAGCGGUCAUAACCAAUGUUUAAUGUUUCACCGUAUUGUUCUGUAUAAAAGAUUCAUAAACAGGAAUUUUCGUCUUUAGCAAGACAAAUCGGUGUUUUGAUUUUUCUAGGAAACCAGGAACUGAAUAUGUCGAUAGUGACUUCGGUGCAUUUUGGACAGGACUUACCCAGGCAAUGGCCGUAUGUCGGCUUCUACUUAACUUAGGCUUACUUGGAAAUGUCGAGAGUUCUUCAUACUUCAGGAUUUCUGUUGCCACCACCGAAAUACAGCGAAGCACUAAGAUAUCCAAAACCAGACAGUUUUACAACAAGUCCCAGACAAUUUAACUGCCAAAGUGUCGUCAAUAUAAGUGACGAAACAUAUUUGUUCUCAAAUAGCUCAGAUCCCGCGGAAAUACCCUACACCAACUUAGACAGUCAUAACCAUAGUCAUGGAGACACGUUUGGGUCUAAGCUUAAAAUAAACGCAUGUAAGAAGUGUAACGAUGGUAAGCCUCUAAUUCUAUUAGAGGCCAUACCUGAAACCCUGGCGUCGUCAGGGGAAAAUUGUGUAGAGAAAACUUACGCGCAGUUGGAGGUGGUUGCUGCCGGGCACACAAGCUUUACGACCCUCAAAGAAGGGGAUACUAAGGCGGAAGUACGUGCGAAGAACGAUUGCAACUCAAAAGAGUUGGCCAGCCAGGCUAUGUGCGGUGUUGGGGCGAGGGACGGCUGUGAAGGGUUGGCGGAGGUUAUGGGAGGGAUGAAUCACUGCAGGGAGGUCGCUUCUGCCAAUGCUAAAGUAAUGCCUGUGCCAGUAAACGGCAUGAUCACUCCUGAUAAAAUGAUGGUUGAAACGUUGCUUAGUGAGAUGAGUGAAAUCAACAAUGACUCUCUUCUUGUCAAUGGAGACAUUGAGGACAUGAACGGUGAUAUAUCUGAUUUAGAUGAUUUUGACGAUGAUUUGCCUCCGCCUCCAAGAGAAGUGCUGGAGAUGGAAUGUAGCAUGGAACCAGAAGCCCAGACUAAACAAGAUUUACAUGAUCUAGCACAAGUAUUAUCCCGAGAGGCAACAGAAAGGAGAGACAGUGACUCUGGUAGCAGUGAGCAUGCACCUCUCUUACAACAACCACCUGAUGCUCAAUCAAAUUAUCCCAAAGAUACUUUCGACGAAAAUGUCGACGAGAGUAUAAAGUACAAAAGAAAGGUUGAUAAUGGUCAUGAAUAUGCUGAAAGCGGUUAUACAGAAUCUAGCCAAAUGGAAUUUAGGGAACAUCUUUUUAACAAAUCAAACGAUCAUGCUGUGGAUACUGUUAUUUAUUCGGAACCGGAGUUUUCAUCCUCAGAUAUAUCGAUAAAAAAAUCCGGUGGAUCGCCAAAAAGUGCAAUCGACAUGUGUCAGAGAACGCUUAAAAGAACUAACAACGGCAUGGAUCACACUGUGUAUGAAUUGAGUCCUUCAGAAUCGUUCUGUUACUCUGCAGACAAUGUGCAAGAUGACAGUAAAAGGCUUCAAGAGCAUUCGAGCAAUGAAGCCAUAUGUAGAAUAGGACGAAGUUCAUCAAGUUUGACAGAGCCUACUAAGAAAAGACAACCCUUAAGCAGAGAUACGAGUGUUUCGUUCAAGAAACCGCUAGUAGUUGGACCGCGGGGCGGAGAACGGGCGUCUGUCCGGGUAGAUAUGCAACCACGUGACGGUGAGGUGGAACCAGCGGACGGGGAGCCCCUGGUUACCCCAAACACCCACAACUCUAUCACCUCCAUACCUUCAAACAUUAACCUGGAGGACAGCCGUACCUAUUACAAGCGCAAGGCGGCUGACAGAGGGACGCUCUACUGCGCCAUCGGGGGCAUCACCGUCGUCGCCAUCAUCGUGUUCUUGCUCAUCUACUUCGCAUAGACGCUUGCUUCUCCAGUUUCCUGGCCGUUUGUUUGCAUUAUUGACUGUUUUUGUUUUCCAUCCCUGUUCAUGUUUGUAUAUUGAGAUAUUUCAUUGCAGUGUUCAAGUUUAUUAAAUUAGCGAAUUGC